AUGGGUUACCUCGAGCUGGCCCGUGCCAGCCAAAAGGAAGCUGCCCUUUGGGUUGCUCGCUUUGACCUUCUUCGGGAACAUCUCGGAGACGAAGAGUUCAACAGUCUGUUAUUUGCGGAGAAGAAAAGGCAGUGGGUUGACUUCGACGCACGUAAUCGUGCUAGGGAGCAGCGAGAAAGGGGUCUCGCCCGUCUCGCCGAAAUGAAGCGUCAGGCGGAAGAACGGGCUAAGGACACCGGAAAGGAGAGAAGAGCAAGGCUUCAGACAAAUGUGGAGUCGCGAUACCAGACUGGGCGCCUUCAGGACUACCAGAUCCAGCUCCAGAUGAGGAAGGAUAACGAAGAAAUUGUCAUUCCUAACGUGGAAGGAAAGAUGGCGAACGAGGCAGCUAGCAUUGGAGCCGCCAAGGAGACCAGCAAGGGCACCAAGAAGUGGGAGGGCCCCAGCGAUGCAGAACCGUACGAAGGGUUCCAUAAGCGCCAACAACACCUCGAGACGCGCAAACGUCAAAUCCGCCUUCUGUUCGAGGAGAAGCACGGGCAACCUAUGGAAGAGCCCCCGGCCAAGAAGCUCAAAUCCUCCCACCCUAUGCCCCCACGGGAACCUCCUAACACUGACACGGCACGCACACCAUCCCCCGAGGCUGCCGCUGAAUCCCAGAAGCCAACUGCCCCAUUCACCCCUGCACCGAAACGCAAGGCAAGCGGCCCAGCCUCCGCGAAGGCUGCGAAGAAGCCACGUGGUCCUGACCAGCCCAAAAAAGAAGCCACCGCUCCCGAACCGGCCUCCCUUCUGUCGCCGCCGCACACGUCCGGCUCUGAACCCUCAGUUUCCCCAGAGCAGAAACAGCGUGAGCCUGAGACUCAACAACAACAAGCUACCUCUGCCUCUUCUGCUUCUCCUACGGAGCCAAUCAAAGCUACCGCCUUAGUCAACGCUCCGAUAACCGCCAGCUCGCUCAAGAAAAUCCCGCCAAAGCCAACCGGCGCCAUCAAAGCGGUUACUGGCGCUCGCAAAACCACGAAGGCUCCUCGCGUAACCAAUACCACGACAAUCCCCCGUGCCACCCCGCCGCCGCUGCCCACCACCUUGCCUCCACACCACUACCUAGCCACGCCCUUCUCCGAUCGCCAGUACGGUUCCCUCUCCUACUUAAUCCGCAUGUCCCCCGCCGAUUACUCCCUGCUCAAAGCCCCCCUCGGCGACUUUAAGCGCCCUCUCCUCGAGAGCAGCCUCAAAGAAGCAACUCCCAUGACCGGCGCCGAGUCCUACCGAGACCUUAACAUUGGUUACUGCUUCCCGCUGCGCGGCCCCAAGGGAGAGAUGCCGAGAGUGAGACUUAGGGAGAUUGAGGACGAGGACGAGGAGGGAUAUUACUGGGUCGAAGUCCGCGGGUUGGGAGUUAUCGAGAAGGAGAAGGUGUUUGUGCCGGAGAGGUGGGAUGAUCCUUGGGCGUUGGCGUUUUUGAAGGAGGAGGGGUGUUUUGAGGAUUCGGAUUCAGAUUCAGAUUCAGAUUCUGAUUGUUAG